AUGAUUGACAUCAGGGCAACUCUCGCAAAGCAGAUCGCCUUCGCCGCGGGUGUCGUCCUGCACCUUGCGGUCUUCCGCAUCGGCGAGUGGGACAUGGCUACGACCAGCCUGAUCAACACCUUUGCUCUGCUACCUCUGGUGGCGACCGCCCUUCUAUCGAGAGUCUUUCCCGAUGUCUAUUCGUCGCUUCUCCAGACUGCUACAGCGGCUGCUACCCUCGAGGGUUUCCUCAUCCUGGGGGUCUACACCAGCAUGAUGAUAUAUCGAGGCUGGUUUCACCGUCUCCGCAAAUUCCCCGGUCCCUUCCUCGCCCGCUUCUCCAAUCUCUACAUCACUGCUCUGUCAGCCAAGAACCUGCACCUCUACAAUGAGGUGCAGCGCCUGCAUCAGAAAUAUGGCGACUUUGUCCGAGUUGGACCUUCAGAGAUCUCCAUCAAUGACCCUGGAGCCCUCCCCUUACUCCAGACCAACCCCACGAAAGGCCCAUGGUACAAUGUCCUCCAGCCUCGUAUCUCUCUGCAAGUGAUCCGAGACAAGAACGAGCAUCUCGUCCGCCGCAAAAUCUGGGAUCGCGCCUUUAGCGCAAAAGCCCUCCGCGACUACGAGCCAAGAGUCAUCCGGCACGCCAACAACCUGCUCGAGCACCUCGCCCGGACCGAGGGCCAGCCCAUCAACGUCAGCGACUGGUUCAACUUCUUCAGCUUCGACGUCAUGGGCGACCUGGCCUGGGGCAAGUCGUUCAACAUGCUGCGCGACGGCAUCAAGCACUACUUCAUGGUCGUGCUGCACGCCGACAUGACCAACAUCGGCCUCUUCAGCCACAUGCUCUGGCUCUUCCCCAUCUUCAAGGCCACCCCCAUCCUCAACGCCGAGCACAGGCGCUUCUGGGACUGGCUCAAGGUCCAGGUCAGCGAGCGGCGGCGGAAGGAGCCCGAGCUGCCGGACGUCUUCUCGCCGCUGCUCGAGGCGCACAACGCCAAGGCCAAGCCCACGGCGCAGGAGGAGCUCGACCUGGAAGGGGAUGCGUAUCUCAUCGCUGUGGCGGGCAGCGACACCGUAGCUGCCAGCCUGGGCUCGCUCUUUUUCGAGUUGGCUUGUGAUCAAGACUCCCUGAAGAAACUGCAGGGAGAAGUUGACGAGCUUUUUGAAGCACAAGAGGAAGUCACUAUUCGCAGCCUGGCUAACCUUCCAUUCCUCGAUGCCGUCAUCAACGAGGCCCUGCGCCUUCACCCGCCGGUGCCAUCCGGCGUUCAGAGGGUUAUCCCAUCGCAGGGGAUGCAUAUCGGCGACACAUUCAUCCCCGCCGAUACCCUCGUGCAGGUUCCCACUUACACUCAGCUUCGAGAUGUGAGAAACUUUGAGAAACCAGAUGAGUUUGCACCCGAGCGGUGGACUACAAAGCCAGAAAUGGUGAAGGAAGCCGGUGUCUUCAUGCCCUUUGGUACCGGUCGAUAUAUGUGUAUCGGGAAGCAGCUUGCUCUGAUGGAGAUCAGGUGGGUGACUGCGCAGAUCGUACGGCGGUGGGAUGUCGCGUUUGCGCCAGACCAGGGCAAGGAGGCUUUCAUCGAGGGCCAGAGGGACACCUUCACUCUAGUCUUGCCCACGCUGAACUUGAUCUUCACAAGACGAGCCUGA